GCAUUCAUGCAAACGCUGCUGCUCACAUACUGUAUGUGCUGGAGAUGGAAAAGUACCUGGGACACACAUGAAAAUUCACUUAAGGGGGAAAAGCUCCCAGGUGCAGUUCUGUUUCUGUAGGCAAGGAGGUGAAAGACAUUCCAGUGCCACAGGCUAGUUUCCACUUGGAAAGUCGGGGUUUCCGCCCAUACUUCUGGUUUUGCAGCCACUUCUGCACAAUUGUUGCCUCUAAGGAGCUCUGGAAAGACUGAGUGGGUACAUGAUGGCAUCCCAGCAUUUCUAUUUGAGGUUAAUGGGGUUGGCUUUACUGCUGACACUGUUGGCUCUUAGAGACGUAUCCAGUGACAGCCACUUACACAAGAUCUUAAGGAAAAGAGAUGUGGCAGGAACUGGUACUGCCCCAUCACUGUCCUCUGUUGCAGUCCCUUCUUCCAAGGCCAAAGAGAUCCUGGCAAAACUGAGCAGAACCAAGAGGAACCUUUGGGAUCGUAGUAGACCUGACGUACAGCAAUGGAUUAUGCAGUUUAUGUACAUGGGAUUUGAUGAGCAGAGGCUGGAGACCGACAUGUCGUACUGGAGGGACCACGCACGCGCCAGUGACCCGGGCCGUCAGCACCAUUAUGAUGAAAAUGCUCCCAUUGCCCCACGAGACCAUGCUUCUUACAGACAUGGAGCUAAUGUGAACUACGACUACUAUUAACCCCAGUCACACAGCUUUAGGUGCAUAUCUGUCACUUAAGACGA